UUCAGUUGGUCUUGUGGUCAGUUCGUGAAAACAUGUUUUCGAAAACUAACGCAGUUAUUGCUGUAACAGCUCUCUUGGCUGUGAGCUGCGUAACAGCUUUGCCAAGAUGUGAUCGUGAUGAUGAGGAGUGUCGUGAUCGUAAUAUGCAUCCGGAUUUACCCGUUAUUCCGCAAAAAUUCCAACGUGCUUUGGAUGGAGAAAAUACCAAUGAAUAUUGGAGAAAUAUUGGACAAGAAUUCAUUAACAACAAGCUGAAAACAGCACCCAAUAAGAAUCAAGCCAAAAAUGUCAUAAUGUUUUUGGGAGAUGGCAUGGGUUUGACUACCAUAGCAGCGGCUAGAAAUCUUUUGGGUGGUGAAGAACAAAAUUUAUCAUUUAAUAAAUUCCCCUACACCGGUUUGGCCAAAACUUAUGCCGUGGAUAAAAUUGUGCCCGAUUCAGCCUGCACGUCCACGGCCUACUUGAGUGGUGUUAAGGCCCAAGAGGGCACUCUAGGUGUUAAUGGCAAUGUGGAUAUGGGUGAUUGUCAAGCUGGAACUGAUCGCAGUAACUGGGUUUAUUCCAUUGCAAAAUGGGCCCAAGAUGCCGGCAAGAGCACAGGUGUAGUAACCACCACACGUAUUACGCAUGCUUCACCCGGAGGUGUUUAUGCCCACAUUGCCCAUCGUGAUUGGGAAAAUGAUCAAGAAGUUAUUGUGGAUUGUGGCACGGAAUCAGGCGUUGAAGAUAUUGCCUAUCAAUUGAUCAAGGGUGAGAUUGGCAGCAAAUUGGAUUUUGUUAUGGGCGGUGGUAAACAUCAUUUCAUUGAUUCCUCGCUAUACGAGAAUGGCAGACGUAAGGAUGGUUUAAAUUUGGUGGACGAAUACAAAAAACAAAGUGCCAAGAACUUGUAUAUUGAGACCAGAGAUGAACUUAUGAACACCGACUUAUUGGAUUAUGAACGUGUAUUUGGUUUAUAUCAAGAUGAUCAUAUGUUGUAUCAUUUGGAGACGAAUGAGACCACCAACCAACCCACCUUGGAAGAGAUGACACGCAAAGCUAUAGAAUUUCUGUCAAAAAAUGAAAAUGGUUAUUUCAUUUUCAUUGAGGGUGGUCGCAUCGAUUUGGCUCAUCAUCAGAAUAUGGCUAGAAUAGCUUUGGAUGAGACGGUGGAACUAAGCAAGGCAGUGGAAGCUGCUAAAGAAUUGACAAAUGAAGAGGAUACACUCAUUGUGGUAACAGCUGAUCAUUCGCAUGCCUUCUCCUACAAUGGUUAUCCAUAUCGUGGCAAAGAUGUGUUUGAUCGCACUCCUGGCAACCCCGAUGAUAAAAUACCCUACAUGACCUUGAGUUAUGCCAAUGGUCCUAGUUUCGAAAAAUCUUUUAAUUCGAAAAAUGGUCAACGCAUUGAUCCAACUACUGUGAUAACUGGUGAUAAAUACGAUCAAUAUCCCUCGGCCAUGCCUUUGGAAGAUGAAACCCAUGGCGGUGAUGAUGUGGCUGUUUAUGCCAACGGCCCCUGGUCUCAUUUGUUUAGUGGUGUCUAUGAACAGAAUACCAUUCCUCAUAUAAUGGGUUAUGCUUCUUGCUUGGGUAAUGGUUUGAAAAUGUGCAGUCGCCUAUAAACAGCUCCCUGAGAACAGUAACGAUUUCAUUGACCAAAACUGUAUUAAAGACCAUAAAAUAUUGUAUUAUAA